GUGACGUCACCGGGGCUGUCUCCAAAGUGUUCGCGAGCGUCCAGUUGACAGCGCGCAUCUCAGGACUCACACGAAAGGAGCGGUGCACCCAAAAACAACCACGACGACCGCUUGCAUCUGACUUGUCACGGGGGCAGAUCUUCAAACAUGGGUUGCUUCGAGUGCUGCAUUAAAUGUUUAGGCGGCGUGCCGUACGCGUCGUUGGUGGCGACCAUCUUGUGCUUCUCCGGCGUGGCCCUCUUCUGCGGCUGCGGUCACGUGGCGCUGACGGGCACCGUCAGUAUCCUAGAAAGUCACUUCUCCAAGGUCGCCAGUGAUCACGCCAUGCUCACCGACGUAAUACAGCUGAUGCAGUACGUCAUCUACGGCAUCGCCUCCUUCUUCUUCCUGUACGGCAUCAUCCUGCUGGCGGAGGGCUUCUACACCACCAGCGCCGUCAAGGAGCUGCACAGCGAGUUCAAGACCACCAUCUGCGGACGCUGCAUCAGCGGAAUGUUUGUGUUCCUCACCUACAUUCUGGGCGUGGCCUGGCUGGGCGUGUUUGGCUUCUCCGCCGUGCCCGUCUUCCUCUUCUACAACAUGUGGUCCACCUGCGCCAGCAUGAAGUCGUCCAUCUCCAACCUCACCGACAUCGACUCCAUCUGCGUGGACGUGCGUCAGUACGGAAUCAUCCCAUGGAACGCAACACCGGGGAAGGCCUGUGGAUCCACGCUAGGUGACAUCUGCAACACAAGCGAGUUCUACCUGUCAUAUCACUUGUACAUUGUUGCCUGUGCUGGAGCCGGAGCCACUGUGAUCGCUCUGAUCCACUUCCUCAUGAUUCUCUCCGCAAACUGGGCCUACCUUAAGGACGCCAGUCAAAUGCAUGCCUACCAAGACAUCAAAAUGAAAGAGGAGCAGGAGCUGCAGGACAUCACGUCACGCUCCAAGGAAUGCCUUCAUUCCUACACAUAAGGGCAUCGCACACGCACACGCGCGCACACGCAUUCAUGCAAAGGGCACGCAAGGGCAACCGUUCUGGCCCGUCGGGACAAGGCUGAGCUACAAUAACCACCUGUGCCGCACUAACAGACUAACACACUGCAUCCUCUGCGCUAACUCACCAUCUAGUAAUUUGCUUCUUAUUUUUUCUUUCUUACGUGCCCAUUUGGUUGUCUUGAUUGUCUAUGGCUGUCAUUUGGUAACCACUCUUUGCAAGGUGAAGCUCGAGACAUGAUUGCAUUAUAAUUAUUGUUACACGUAACCACAUGUGACAGUAGAAGCAUUGAAUUAUUCCCCCGUGCCCACCCGGUUUAUUUAGUCUGCAUAAUCCAUCUACGACAUGCACAAAAACAUUGCUGUGAAUACACUCAAACCGGAUAAAAAAAGUAGAUAAUAGUAUAUCAAAAAUGUGCAUGGAGGCAGUUCUAUGUGCUUUUGUGUGCAAAUGUGUUAACUUCAUGGCCUACAUUAACUCUACCUCAGGGGUCUGCUGGAGCCGGAUGAACAUGGAAAAUGUCAAGCAUGUACUGUACAACUAUAGUUUGGUAUUUUCAUUGUAAUGCUCAUUAAGCCACAACAUUAGGUAUACCUGCAAACUCAAAUACUACAGACUAUGUACGGGUGCAUUUGAGUACAUUAGAUUAUUGCAGAAACUUUCAUUUAUUUCAGUGGUUCAAAUGAAAACACAGUAAAAUAUUUCAAUAUUUUAAAGAUUGAAACCCCAAAUUCCCUGUCUCGAGAAAUUUGAAUAUUAGAUAAGAAACAAUCCAAAGUAAUUUUUAGUAGGGAAAUUAGGUAGGCGUUGGCCAGCUGAAAAUUAUUUUCCCGUGUUUAAUUCAUUUGUAUAUCAUGAGUUUCACUACUGAAAUAAAUUGAUUUUUCUAUGAUAUUCUAAUUUAUUAAGUGUAUGUAGAACAGUCCAAAUGUAAUAGUGUGGCUUUAGUUUUCUCCACUUUAGCAUUAAAAAAACACUUCAUAUGCACACUUUUAGAGGCAGUGAUGGGACUACAAAAAAUAUUGUGAAAUGAGCUUACCUUUAGAAGUCGUUGUAAGAUGUUUUUAAAGGUGAUUUCAUGAAAAAAAAUACAUCCUCAAUUUUUCUUUACCAUGUCUUUUCCCUCCAAAAUGUAGCGUAAACUAGUAUCUAAACAAGUUUUUCUUUAUUUUUCUGAUGUUGCUGCGCAUCCCCUAAAGCCCUCAAAGUUUGAAAAUUACAACUCUAAUGUGAUUCUCGUUCUAAUAUUUUAGUAACCAAUAUAUAUGAAACAUCUAUUUGUGACACUAGUCAGGGUAUCCUUGUCAAGGGUUUGUUUAAUGCUUUAUAAAGAUUGCAGAGUCCAAAACUUUGCUAGCCAUGAAUGGAAGUACAGUACCUAAUUGUUUAAUCGUCUUAAACUAGUUUAAAUUCACAAAAUUGUGAGUAGCCUAUAUUAUAUUUAAUAAGGAUUUAUAACGCAUAAGAACGGAAGUCUUAGCAUGGCUAUAUGUAAAGACUGCAAAUUACAAAAAAUAAAUCAAACAUAAAAUCAUUCAUUAUUGACAGAGCAUGAUUAUGUUAGGACAGGACUUUUCCCCACAGGUCUUUAGACAGUGCAGGUGUACCUAAUAUUGUGGAAAGUGAGUACAGUUUAAGUUAGCUUAGUCACACUCUGCAUCACAGCAUGCGGCUGUAUGCCAUAACAACAACAUGCUUGCUAAAUAUAUAAUUACAAAUAAGAAUUUGAUCGCUCAUAUUUGCCAUUUCAGCUCAUUAUUGUGAAUUGUAGUUACUCUACAGUGUUAUCAAACAUGACGUGUGUGUGCUUUGGUGCCAGUGGAAGCAAGUUUGGAUUAUCUAAAGAGCUUGAAGGUGUGACCUGUGUACAAUUAUUUUUUUAAUCCUUUUUCUAUAAUUGCAUCGGAAUUUGAAGUGUUAUAAUUACUGUUGUGUAAUCUUUUUAUGAUGUUAGUUGCUGCGCUAACGUUUUUGUUGCAUGAAGAUCAAAUGCAGAGUUGAUACACGAUCACGUAUAUUGACUUUGUGGUAGUAGGCAGUGUUUGCCUGUUCCUGUUUUGUUUAAUACAAAUGAUUAGCUCAGUAAUUCUUUAUGCUUAUAGGUUACUUUAUCCUACUGUAUGUAAAUCUUAUUAGUACACAUUUUCUACGUCUUUUCUAUGAAUGUUAAAGGGCUUCCCCCCACUGAACCCCAAGUCAUUUUAAGACUUUUAAACAAGCAACGACAUUUAUGGAAUGGGAUUUAGCCAAAGUGUGGACGGCAAGUGUCUCCUUUUGAAUCAACCAAAAACACGAAGAAGAAAAAAAAAAAAAUGCUACCUAUCAAUCAA